GACAUCUUACCUAGUAUCUGCCACUCCCUAAAGCGACAUCUAUGAGUCAUUUUUUGAACUGAAAGAAGAAAUGAGCUAUAUUUAAUUUUGUUUGGGGAUAAUUUUUUACAAGGAUCUGAAAAAAAUGGGUACACUUGAGAAGCUGGGGAACUGUCCGUUUGCCUCCCUGAUAGCCACCAUCAUUGUGUUUGUUGGAGUGGGUGUGUUCUGUGGGACCCUAUACAGAGCACUCCAGAUCAUUAUAAUCAAUGUUAUGGAGGGACUGUUUCAGUUUUCAGUUCCAUGGCUGUCAGUUAUACAGAAUGUGUUCAUUGUGAAUGGUGUUGUGAUGGCCCUGUUCUCUAUUCUUCUGUUGGUUUUCGGUUUCCUUGCAACAGGAGCUACACGACAAAAUGUUUACUCUGGAAAGAGUUGCAUCAUGGGAGGGCGAGUGUCUGCAGGAUUUUUUAUGGCAAUGUCGUUCCUGCUCAGUUUAUGCUGGGUGGUGAUUCUGGGUGUGGCCACCAUUCCUGUGUUUCUGUAUAUCAUGCUGGGUUCGUUCUGUAACCAUGAGGUGUAUGGAAACAGCUUUGAAAACGUCGAUCGCUGUUUCGAGCUCCGUAAUUUUGGUAUCUACAGGAAUUUCACAUACCCGUUUCUGGGAGUACAAGCUCCAGGGAACGACAAGAUCUGCAACCCUUCAGAGCUGAGGCUCUUGUGCGAUAAUUUUGCUGAGGCUGGUCCACUGUUUUGUACCGCCCUUGCUGGGGCGGCUUGUAUUAUCAUUGGCAUGAUGCUUUUCAUGUCGGUCCUGUCGGCUAACUACACCCGAAUCAAUAUAUCCAAAGAGCUGACGGACUACCGCAACGCUGUCGACAUGGAGGAGAUAGACCUUCACAGCAAUGGAAGGGGAAUUCUAGACAAUUCAUACGAAAGGGGCAGCUUCAAAUGAUCAACUUCACUCAAAUGUCAAGAAAUCUAUCAUUCCUACAAAAAUUGAGGAAAUUCAUAUUUGUGAAAUCUCCAUUCAUUAAAAUGGAGAGUACGCAUUCCAUGAAAAAUCAACCCUCUCUGUAGCAGUUGUAAUAUUUAGAUAUUUGAGGUGAUAGAGAAAUCCUAGUGACAACACUGUGUGACACUGAUGACACAUUGUACAUAUAUAUAAGCAAGUCCAUCAAUGGUUGUAGCAUUUUAAUGUAUGAAACUUUAAUGCUUGCCGUGUAGUGCAUAGGUUGUGCAAUGACACCUUCAUUGUGAGUAAAAAUGGGCAAUCAACAGCACUUCAAGCAAAAGUUUGUAUUAUAUCUCGAUGUUGAAUUUUACAUAUGUGUUGUGAAGCUUAUGAUUAUAUGUGCAUACAAACAUAUCACUCUACACAUAUUAUACCAACAUUUCGUACUGAAUUAUUAUUUUGUAUAUCAUGAUUAUUCAUGAGUUGUAUAUAUCUAAAUCCUGUACAUAUCAAAUGUGGAAACAUUCCAUUUUUUUCAAAUACAUAUCAUCAUUAUUCUUAAAAUGUAUAUUUAAGUGUAAAACAUUCUAAAUGUUUAUAAUGCAAUAGUAAAACUCGGUUAUAGUGAACCUUCAGGCCAGCAAACAAAACAUUUCAUUAUAAAUGAACUUCAUUAUAUCCUAUAAUUUUUUGGGGGGAAUUUUCCUCUUACAAGGGAAUAGAGUAUCACUUUGCAAUAAGCAUGAAUUUGUUUUAAGUGUGUUCAUUAUAAGCGUGUUUUACUACAGUUCACUUAAUGUACAAUUUAUUUAUUCAUUUCAGAUUUUAUUAUCAGUGUUUUUAAUAUUUUAUGUAUGUGCAUUUUCGUAUAUUACUUUCCAUAAUUUUUGUAUACAUUUCUAACUUUGCUGGUCAUAUGUUUUAUAUAUUUCAUGUAUUUUUAAGAUCAGUUUAACACAUGAUUUUGCGACAUAUUUUUAAACAAUGUUUAUAUACACUGUUUUUGUGCAAACAGAUAUAUUUGAUUACUUUAUCGCAUAUAAGAAAAUGAGUCAAAUAUAUGUUAAAAAGAAGGUUGUAAUUUUUUGUUUUUCUAAAGCCAGGUAAUCACUAAUCUGAUUAAUGGAGAGAGAAAAUUGCAGAUAUUUUUUAUUAAAGGAUAUUUAUGUAAUAUAAACCAAAAGUCUUUUGAAUGUGUUUUCUCCCAGGUUAAAAAUCUUUUUGGUAAAUAAAGGGAUUUUUAUACUUAA